CGUCGACCGCCGCCGUCGCCAUGUCUUCCAGCGAAGACGAGCGCGGGACCGCCUCCAAGCACCACCACCGGGACAAGGAGAAGAACCGUGAGCACUCCUCGUCCCGCCGCCACCGUGAGAGCCGCUCCUCCUCCCGCCACCACCGCGAUGACAGGGACGGCGAGCGGGACCGAGAUCGCGACCGCAAGCACAGGGACAAGGAGCGGGAUCGCGAGGAGCGGAAGGCGCGGGAGCGGGCGGAGAAGGAGCGCGAGAAGGAGGAGAAGAAGGAGAGGGCGAGGGAGAGGGAGAGAGAGGAGAUGGAAAUGGAAUUGGAGAAGGAGAGGGAGAGGGAGAGGGAGAAGGAGAGGGAGAAGGAGAAGGAGAGAGAGAGGGCGCGGCGUCGAGAGGAACGCGACAGGGAGAAGGAGAAGUCCAAAAGGCGGGAUGUGGUCGACGACGAGGAGAACGGGGACCGCGACCGCAAGCAUCGCCGCCGGUCCUCGCACCACCAUCACCACCGUCGUGUUGCGGAACCUGAGGCGGCGCCACUGACCAGGGAGGAGGAGGAGGAUGGCGAGGAGGCACAGAGGCGGCGGCAGAAGAAGAAGGAGGAAGAAAUGGAGGCUGAACAGCAGCGGCUCGACGACGAGAUGGAGCGUCGUCGCCGCCGCGUAAAGGAGUGGCAGGAGAAGAAGCGCCUCGAGCAGCAGCUGCAGCAGCAGGAUGAUGGUGCCAGUGGUGUUGCCACCUCCAUGGAGGCUGACGGUGGAAGCAAGUCUGGGAAGAAGUGGACCUUGGAUGGUGAGGAGUCGGAUGAGGAGGAUGCCAAGAAGUCGGAUGAGGAGGACGCCAAUAAGUCAGAGGAGAAUGGUGGCACCGACACCGGUGCCAUGGAUGUUGACUUGCCUUCCAGCAGUAUUCAUGGGAAUAGCGGGGCUGCUAUGGAGGAGGAUGAGAUUGAUCCCCUUGAUGCGUUUAUGAACUCCAUGGUGUUACCGGAGGUUGCAAAGCUCGAGAGUGCCCCAACAGCAACGGCGAGUGUGCCUGCUGCCAAUGCAGGUGACAAGAAUGACAAGAGUGUGAAGUCUGCCACGAGUAACGGGGAUAAGAAAAGACCAAUCAAGGCGAUGGGAAGAAUUAUGCAAGGGGAUGACUCAGACUCAGAUUAUGACGAUGCUGAUAAUGAUGAGGCUGGUUCGGAUGAUGAGGAUGACACGGAGUUCAUAAAACGUGUCAAGAAGACGAAGGCAGAGAAGUUGGUUAUUGUUGACCAUUCCAAGAUUGAUUACCAGCCAUUCCGUAAGAAUUUCUAUAUUGAGGUGAAGGAUAUCACAAGGAUGCCAGCGGAUGAAGCGGCUGCCUACCGGAAGCUGUUGGAAAUCAAGGUGCACGGGAAAGAUGUCCCCAAGCCAAUCAAGACGUGGAUACAGAGUGGUCUGACAAGUAAGCUACUUGACACCAUCAAGAAGCUUGGUUUCGAGAAACCGAUGCCUAUACAGGCACAGGCGUUGCCAAUCAUAAUGAGUGGACGCGAUUGUAUUGGGGUUGCAAAGACUGGAUCUGGUAAGACUCUAGCAUUUGUCUUGCCGAUGCUGAGGCAUGUCAAAGAUCAACCACCCGUUGUGCCUGGGGAUGGCCCUAUUGGUCUCAUUAUGGCUCCUACAAGAGAGCUCGUGGUGCAGAUAUAUUCAGACAUAAAAAAGUUCUCUAAGGCACUUGGCAUCAACUGUGUUCCUAUAUACGGAGGUUCUGGGGUUGCCCAGCAGAUCAGUGAACUGAAGCGGGGUGCUGAAAUUGUUGUUUGUACUCCAGGCAGGAUGAUUGAUAUCCUUUGCACUAGCAGUGGAAAGAUUACUAACCUUCGAAGAGUUACAUUCUUAGUGCUGGAUGAAGCUGAUAGGAUGUUUGAUAUGGGUUUUGAGCCUCAAAUUACUCGAAUAGUUCAGAACACCCGUCCAGAUAGGCAGACUGUCCUUUUCUCUGCUACUUUUCCACGGCAGGUUGAGAUACUCGCACGUAAGGUGCUGACAAAGCCCAUUGAGAUUCAGAUGGGUGGGAGGAGUGUCGUGAACAAAGAUAUCACACAACUGGUUGAGGUGCGACCAGAAAGUGAGAGGUUCUUUAGGCUGUUGGAGUUGCUUGGGGAGUGGAUUGCGAAGGGAAAAAUUCUUGUGUUUGUACACUCACAAGAUAAAUGUGAUUCUCUACUUAAAGAGCUGUUCCAGCAUGGGUACCCAUGUUUAUCUCUACAUGGUGGAAAGGAUCAAAACGAUCGUGAAUCAACUCUUGCGGAUUUCAAGAGUAAUGUAUGCAGCCUGCUGAUUGCUACUAGUGUUGCUGCAAGGGGUUUAGAUGUGAAAGAUCUUGAGCUGGUUGUCAAUUAUGAUGUCACUAAUCAUUAUGAGGACUAUGUUCAUCGUGUUGGGCGAACGGGUCGGGCUGGUAGGAAGGGCUGUGCGGUGACUUUUAUAUCUGAGGAAGAGGAACGCUACGCACCAGACCUUGUCAAGGCUUUGGAGCUAUCUGAACAGGCUGUUCCACAAGACCUGAAAGCCUUAGCGGAUCGAUUUAUGUCAAAGGUUAAGCAGGGAACUGAGCAGGCCCAUGGAACAGGCUAUGGUGGAAGUGGUUUCAAGUUCAACGAAGAAGAGGAGGAAGCACGGAAAUCCGCGAAAAAGGCUCAGGCACGGGAAUAUGGAUAUGAGGACGACAAGUCAGAUUCAGAUUCUGAUGAGGAAGGAGGUGUACGUAAAAAAGGAGGUGACGUUGCAGCACAGGCUAUUGCUGCUGCUCAAGCUGCGGCUACUUUGGCUGCCGCCAGGCAGCAAGUACCAGCCACAGUGGCAAACCCCUUGCUUCCUCUGCCGGUUGCACCUAACCAACAAAACAAUGAUGCUACAUUACGUGCACUUCAGGCUGCAUUUAACGUGCAGCAAAGUCUGGCAAGGAUACAGGCUCAUGCAGUUCCAGAACACUAUGAAGCUGAGCUUGAGAUUAAUGAUUUCCCACAAAAUGCUCGCUGGAAGAUCACGCACAAAGAGACAUUAGGUCCCAUUCAGGAAUGGACUGGAGCUGCGAUUACUACAAGGGGUACCUUUAUUCCUCAAGGCAAAGUUGUUGGUGCUAACGAGCGCAAGCUGUACCUGUUCAUCGAAGGCCCCAAUGAGUCUUCCGUCAAGAAGGCAAAAACAGAACUGAAGCGCGUCCUUGAGGAUUGUGCCAACCAUGCACUGAAUCUUCCUGGUUCUGCUCAAACCGGAAAGUACUCUGUUAUUUGAUCUGCAAACAUAUCACUAAAUGGUUCAGUAUCGGAGAUGGUGAAAUUUUCUUGAGAAGCUUACAAUGGUUUGCAGAUCUCAAAACCUGUUGUUGGACUUCCCCAGAUAUGCAACUAUAUAUUUUUAAAUCUAAGCCAUGAUAUAAGGCAGCUACUGGUUACUUAGUGCCAUGUGGUUAUUGUGGAAAUUGUUUUUCUGGAACAAUUUUGACGUUUUCUCUAAUUGUAUUAACAAAUUUCGGUUGCCUAUGGACAGAAGGCUUAGAACGCUGGUGGUAGUUGCCUUCAUGUUUUAUGUUCACACAGUUUUCUGUUGUGAGAACUACAUGAAGGGGCCAUGGCAGCCCAUAGAACUGGUGGAGAGUAAACUUAAAUACCAGAGAAGGCGCUGAGUUUUUGGGUGCAGAUUUGAAGUUGUACCUUUUUCGGAUUGAUAUUGAAAGGAAUAUCUCACUCGAACUUAAUCUGGAACCAUCUAUGUUAUUGAUAGUUUGCACUUUCUGAAGCUAUUAGUUUGUACUUAAUCUGGAUCUGUUUAUUUUGAUUUGGUUUAGUUCAUCCAUCUUUUUAUCCUUUACCUGUUAGUUGUGAUUUAGUUUGUUUCAUUAUUAAUAAGCACAACCAUGAGGCUUCUUAUAUAGACAUAAUGCUCUCUUUUUGGUCUUCAGGUGGGUGUACUACUGUUGCCAGUGGAGGAUUAUGUUUGUGAGGUGGUGUGCAGCUGCUGGUGGUCGUAGAGGCUGAGACGCAGUUGAAUGGCAACAAUUUGCUGUAACGAUACAGGUCCCAACUCUCUGAACUGUACCGUGUUGCUGCUACCUGUGGGAGUGGACUUUACUUCAUCCGUUCUGUACAAAUAACCAUGAGUCUUGCAACUUGAUUGCAUUGUGCUGAAGAGACAAUCGAAGAGGAGGUGCAAUAUUAGUUGACUGCGCAGUAUAAGUUGACAAUGACAGACGAUGUCUAUGGAAUAAUUUCCGUUAUACUGCCUUAGUAUUAAGUUGUUGAUCGUUUUGUUGCUUAGAAUUUAUCUACUGGAUGUCUGCUAGCUGAGCUUCCUAAUCCGUAGACCAUAUGCCUACCUGAGAUUUUAGGGGAUUUUGACUGCCGUCUUCUCUUGUGGUGGUUACUCCUUAUCCUUCACUUGAA